AUGACCGAUAUCACACCCGUGGAAAACGAUGUGGACGUCAACGGUAAUGUCAAUGGCGACAUUUCCAGUACUUUAAAGAGGCCUAUAGAUCAAAUUUCAAAUAAAGAUGAGGGCGAGAACGGUGGGCCUCUUAACGGUCUAGCAGAGGACAAGACCCCUAUCAAUGAUGAAACACAUACCAAAAAGCCCAAGCUGAACGGAGAUAUCUCUUCAUCUGCUUCUACGCAGGCCGCGGAAAACGGCUUUGUAGAAAGUCCCGCGUCGGCGGCUAAUGAGAAUGAUACAUAUAACGCCACCGAAGUCAGAGCAGAAGAAGAGUCUCAACAGGUAUUGAAGAGGGAGAACGAAGAAGGACACGGGGGCAAGCAGAAAAGUGCUACUGCUAAUGACGGUUCGAAGUUGGGCCUUUCCGAGGAAGCUCCAAAGGAGCCUGCUCCUGCCCCUCCUCCAGAGCCGGAUAUGAACAAUCUGCCCCCAAACCCAAUUCCAAAACAUCAACAGAAGCACGCGUUGUUAGCUAUCAAGGCUGUCAAGCGGUUAAAGGACGCUAGGCCUUUUCUGCAGCCAGUUGAUCCAGUAAAAUUGGAUAUUCCCUUUUACUUUAAUUACAUUAAGAGGCCCAUGGACUUAUCGACUAUAGAGAGGAAGUUGAAUCUCGGUGCCUAUGAAGUUCCGGAAGAAAUCACUGAAGACUUCAACGUUAUGGUAAGUAACAGUGUAAGGUUCAAUGGCCCUAACGCAGGUAUUUCUCAAAUGGCAAGAAACAUACAGGCCUCUUUUGAAAAACACAUGCUGAAUAUGCCAGCUAAAGAUGCUCCACCUGUGAUAACCAAAGGGCGCGGGUCUAGUGCUCAGGAAGACGCCCCAAUAGUUAUCAGACGGGCCCAAACUCACAACGGAAGACCAAAGAGAACUAUACAUCCUCCAAAAUCCAAAGACAUAUAUCCUUAUGAAUCGAAGAAGCCCAAGUCCAAGAAACUACAGCAAGCUAUGAAGUUUUGCCAGACUAUUCUGAAGGAAUUAACAGCAAAGAAACAUGCUUCGUAUAAUUACCCCUUUCUGGAACCGGUGGAUCCAGUUUCUUUGAAUUUGCCCACAUAUUUCGACUAUGUCAAAGAGCCCAUGGACUUGAGCACAAUUUCCAAGAAAUUGAAUGAUUGGGAGUACCAAACUAUGGAAGAUUUUGAAAGAGACGUGAGGUUAGUGUUUAAGAACUGUUACACAUUCAACCCAGACGGGACAAUUGUAAACAUGAUGGGGCAUCGUCUAGAGGAAGUUUUCAACUCCAAGUGGGUCGACAGACCUAACUUGGAUGACUACGAUUCUGAUGAAGAUUCAAGAAAUCAAGGCGACUACGAUGACUACGAGUCUGAAUAUUCUGAAUCUGAUAUCGACGAAACCAUAAUAACAAACCCCGCUAUUCAAUACUUAGAGGAACAGUUGGCCAGAAUGAAAGUAGAAUUGCAACAGUUGAAAAAACACGAAUUAGAGAAAAUAAGAAAAGAAAGGCGGUUGGCACGCGGAUCUAAAAAACGCGGUAAAAGAUCAAAGGGAAGGACAGGUUCAAAGAGCGGUUCCUCCAAAGGUAGAAGAGAUAAGAAAAAUAAGUUAAAGACGGUAGUAACCUAUGAUAUGAAGCGUAUCAUUACCGAAAGGAUCAAUGACCUACCGACUUCUAAACUGGAGAGAGCAAUUGACAUAAUCAAAAAGUCUAUGCCCAAUAUCUCUGAAGAUGACGAAGUAGAACUAGAUCUUGAUACUCUGGAUAAUCAUACAAUUUUAACGCUAUACAACUCCUUCUUUAGACAGUAUGAAAGUUCGUCCAACACGUCCAACGGGCUAGACGGUGCCUCUGGUAUAACCCGAGAUACUUCAUCUUUAUCGCCUACUAGCGCAGGUGGUAGAAAAAGACGAUCUAAAGCAUUGAGCCAAGAAGAGCAAAGCAGACAGAUAGAGAAAAUAAAAAAUAAGUUGGCUAUUCUCGACAGUGCUUCUCCUUUGAGUCAAAACGGCUCCCCUGGCCAAGUUCAAAGCACAACACGGAAUGGGUUUUCUUCAUCGUCGGAUGACGAUGUCAGUAGUGAAAGUGAAGAAGAAUGA